CCUCAAGAACAACGUCAUCGACAUGUCUACGGAUGCGUUCCAGGCGCGGCACAACCACUUCAUCGAUGCCAUCUUCUCGCGUAUCAAUCGCAUUGUAUCCGACAAUUACGAUCCCUUCGUGGUGCGCCUGGCCGGACGCUCGGCCCCGACCACCGCGGGCAGUGCCACAACGGUGAAGGCCACCAACAAGAACAAGGCCACCAAGGCCGGCGGACACAAGAAACUCAAGAACACACGCUCCGAGCCAAGGGCCAGCGGCAGCGUCAGAGGCAGUGGAAACAAUCAGGCAAAGGAGGAGGACGCCGGCAAAUUGCAGGAGCAAUUGAUGCAAUUACAGUCCGAGCUGGCCAUCAAAGCCAUCGAAAAGAAGCCCGUUGCCUCUGACCAGGCCGCAGCCUCUGCCAAUGCCACUACCACUGAUUCCGAUGCACCAAAAGCGGAAGUGCGAACCGUGUCCGGAGGCAAAAGCGGCCAAAAGAAGUCCACUUCCACGAACGCGGCAGGCGGCUCCACCCAGAGCCACAAGCACAGUACCAACAAAAAGGCCUCGGGUACGACGGCAGUGAAAUCUGGUAACUACAAUCAGCCCGCGGGUGCUAGCAAGGCCGGAGAUGUGGAGAAGCUGCAGAAGGCCGAGGGCAGUCUCUCGGGGCUGGCCUCCCUCAAGCGGGUGGGAAACGUGAAGGUGAUUAGCGAUGCGGAGGGACGAAACUCCACGAUUAAGGCCAAGUUCACGCUGGGUCCGCUGAUCCUGCGCGUGGAGAAGUCCUUCAAGCGCGGCAGCGUGAGGAGCGUGAAGAGCGCCACGGCCAGGACCAACGAGAUGAUCGGACGCAUCAAGUUCAGUGUGGUGGACGAUCGGGCCACCCUCAUGUCCAUCAAGGUGCAGCAGCCCAAGCAGGUGGAGGUGGAGAGCAAGGACAAUCACGAUAGAACACGCGAGUUCGUGUGGCGCCGCACGCCAAAAAUCGCCAAAUUGGUCAACGAGAAGCUCAAAUUGGCCGCCGAAUCGCUGUUUGCGCCGCAGGGCGUUGAGGUUGUACGGCUCUAAAGGACUUAAAGGAUAGCGGGAUGUGCUCCUUGUCCUUCUUUUACUGCUCUCUUCUCAGCUAUCUAAAUUGUAAUUUUUUUUUGUAAUCCUGGUUGGCCGCCGUGGCCAGACACGGAUAGUCUACGCUCUAGUGUA